AUGCCUUCAUUUCGAUCUUCCCUCCAGACCAACCCAUGCCUGAUCGGGACCUUUGUCAGCUUCAAUGACCCGUACAGCGCCCAAAUUCUGGCUCAGGGCGGCUUCGACUGGCUGAUGAUCGACAUGGAGCAUUCGCCCCUCUCCGCGCAGGAAAUCACAGCCAUGGUGCAUUCCACCGUGGCGGCUUCGGCUGGAAAUUGCUCGCCAAUCGUCCGGAUUCCGUCCCACGGCGUCGAAUGGAUCAAAUGGGCAUUGGACAGCGGUGCCAGCGGAAUCAUUGUUCCAAUGGUGAACACCAAGCAGGAAGUGGAUGCCAUUAUCAAACGGGCACUGUAUCCCCCUGCCGGGCAGCGAAGCUAUGGCCCUUUUAGAACACCUUUUGCUGAGAUCCCUGCCCCUCCGGACGUGGCCGACUAUAAGCGAAAACGCUCACCUCAUGUCAUGAUCUUGCCGAUGAUAGAAUCAAAGGAGGCAGUAGAGAACGCCGAGGACAUCAUCAGGACAGACGGCGUAGAUGGAAUCUUCAUCGGGCCUGUUGAUUUGAGACACUCGCUGGGUUUCGAGGGUGCUGCUGGAAAGGAACCCGAAUACGUCACAGCCUUGCAAAAAGUGCUUCAAAUCGGCAAAAAACUUGCAAAGCCAAUCGGUAUUCUCGGCUCACCCGACUCAAUUCCAUGCCUUGUGAAUAUGGGAUUCAGCUUCAUCAUGUUACCGGGCGGGGAUGCAGGUAUCCUGGCAGAAGCGGCCUCAGCACUGCUAAAGGCGUCAAAGAAAUCCAUUAGCUAG